UCUAACUGGCAGGACAUGGGGACCCUGCGCGUCCCUGCGCGGACAGUCCUCUUCCAGCGGGAGAGGACAGGCCUGACGUACCGUGUGCCCGCGCUGCUCCCGGUGCCCCCUGGGCCCACCCUGCUGGCCUUUGUGGAGCAGCGGCUCAGCCCCGACGACUCCCACGCCCACCGCCUUAUGCUGAGGAGGGGCACACUGGCUGGGGGCUCCGUGCGGUGGGGCGCCCCGAGCGUGCUGGGGACGGCGGCCCUGGAGAAGCACCGUUCCAUGAACCCCUGCCCCGUGCAUGACGCAGGCACAGGCACGGUCUUGCUUUUCUUCAUUGCUGUGCUGGGCCACACGCCCGAGGCCCUGCAGAUCGCCACGGGCAGGAACGCAGCCCGCCUCUGCUGUGUGACCAGCCACGACGCUGGCCUCACCUGGGGCAGCGUCCGGGACCUCACCGAGGAGGCCAUUGGUGGCGCUGGGCAAGACUGGGCCACGUUUGCGGUGGGCCCAGGCCACGGCAUCCAGCUGCGCUCGGGCCGCCUGCUGGUGCCCGCGUACACCUACCGUGUGGACCGCAGGGAGUGCUUUGGCAAGAUCUGCCGGACCAGCCCCCACUCCUUCGCCUUCUACAGCGAUGACCAUGGCCGCACCUGGCGCUGCGGGGGCCUUGUGCCCAACCUGCGUUCGGGCGAGUGCCAGCUGGCUGCGGUGGAUGGCUGGCAGGCCGGCGGUGUCCUCUACUGCAAUGCCCGGAGCCCGCUGGGCAGCCGCGUGCAGGCGCUGAGCACUGACGGGGGCGCCUCUUUCCUGCCCGGGGAGCUGGUGCCCGCCCUGGUGGAGACCGCCCGGGGCUGCCAGGGCAGCAUCGUAGGCUUCCCAGCCCCGCCUCCCAGCAGGCCUCUGGAUGCGGGGCUCCCCCACCCUCCACGCCUCUGUCCUGGGGCCCAGGACCCCCCUGAGGAGGGUGCUGGAGGCAUGCAUGGAGGCCGGGUGCCCUGCGCACCCUUCUGCCAUCCACAGUCCUGGGGGCACGACCCAGGGCAGGCUGGCCAGGGGCCUGCCCUUGGCCAGGACAUGGGGGCUUGGCCCCUGACGCUCCCGGCGUCCUCUGCUGUCCUGUCCCAGAGCCCCACGUGGCUGUUGUACUCCCACCCGGCGGGGCGCAGGGCCCGGCUCCACAUGGGCAUCUGCCUGAGCCGGGCCCCCCUGGACCCCCACAGCUGGACAGAGCCCUGGGUGAUCUAUGAGGGCCCCAGCGGCUACUCUGACCUGGCGUGCAUUGGGCCUGUGCCUGCGGGAGCCCUGGCCUUCGCCUGCCUGUACGAGAGCGGGGCCAGGGCCUCCUACGAGGAGAUCUCCUUCUGCGUGUUCUCCCUGCGCGAAGUCCUGGAGAACGUGCCCGCGGGCCCCCGGCCACCUGGCCUCGGGGACGAGCCUCGGGGACCCUGCCGGCCCUCCUGA